CCCUUCGCGAGAGCCGACGAUCACCGUAUGUAUCUCUCGCACUAUAUCUCUUGGCUUUAAAGGAAACGAUACCUUGAUCCUUUGGGCGUUACUCCUACGAGAGUAUCGAUAAAUCACUCCUUAUCUACUCUGGACAACUUUUGAACACGUCCACUCAAUUCGCCCUUCCCUUUCCAGAUGGCCGACACUAAUGGCACGGCGUUCAACGCUACGACGGAACGUGGGUUCUCUCCAACAACAUUCUUCGACGAGAUAUUCGCCUUCCUGCCGAAACUCGUAGCGGACCCACAACGCGCGAUAGAAGCAGAGCCUCACCUGGCUGGCGCUUUGGUCGGAUUAAUCAUCUUUCCCUCCCUGUUGCUCGCCUUACUCCACAAUGUGCUCGCGGGCGGGAAAAGGACGGUCAAUGCGCUGGACAACUGGGUCGCAAAGAGCUUAGUAGAGGAGGCGGAGGGAUGGGCAAAGGACGCUGCGAACGCGCCCGUCACGGAAACGCCUUGGGAGAUUGGCGUCACCAACACGGCCGUGGCAGUCGCGGAAGACGGAAACCUGAGGACAUUCGAGGCGGCUGAGGGCGGGAAAAAGGUCACGGCUGCAUUCAUCGCCGCUGCAAUUGUCAAAGCUAUUUCGGCACCCAGCCAGGAGCUUAAGGUUCAGCGGCCAAAGAUUGUCAGUUUCUUGCACAGUCGUCAAUGCUCACCGAGGGACAUCAAAGACGUUGGAAAGAAGCUGGAACUGUAUGGCAUCAGAGUGGAUACCGCCGAAGCACUGGAAGCGGAGCUUGCUCCUUACUACGAAAAGAGGAAGGCAGAUAUGGCAAAGGGCCCCCAAAUCCCGCUGGUACUACCGACAUCACCAGUAGGGCCUGCUCCCGCUGGCGAAAAGCCACAGUUUGGCCCGCAACCGAACAGAGGCUGCUUCACGUGUAAGAAGGAGAUUGAUGGCAAGGCGAGCCAAUGCAGUGCUUGUAAAGCGAUGAUCUACUGUUCUGCUGAGUGCUCGAAAAAAGACUGGCCACAACAUAAACCCAUCUGCCCAGGCUUCAAAGCGAACAUGCAACGCGUCGACAAAGAAAAGCUCCACGAUCUCCCCUUCGACUUCUACAACUCCGAAAAGCAACUCGCCAGCUACAACCAAGUCGCCUUCCUCGCCCAAAAAGACGUGCACAACGUCGGCGUCUUCCGCCGUCUCUGCGGUUGCUAUUCCCACCUUCAAUACGGCGAACUCGCCGCCGUUCAUAUCCAACAGAUGCAGUCCGGCCAGCUGGCCGACCCGCUGGAGAGGUUCAAGCUGCUCGGACUGUCCAAUGAGCUGUUCCCGUUAUCGGCGCCGUACCCUGAGGGCUACAACGUAAGGGAAAUCGACUCGUGGAAGAAGUACUAUGAGUUGAAGAAGUUGAGCAUGGAUGACCCCGCCGCGCUGGUUCUGGAGGUGCCGCUUACUGUGUGGCAUAUUCUUAACAAGUUCGUCUUGGACAAGCUUGAAACGAAACCUGAUGGCCGCCGCGCACUAACAAUCCACAUGGCCGGCGUCGAAAAGGAAGCCGACCUCUGCACGCUCUUCGAACUCCUCCUCUCCCUCAUUCCCAAAACCGACAUUGCCCUGCACAUGAUCUCCCCCUCCGUCUCCUCCCGCGUACCGCCCCAACACGCCACCAUCGGCAUCCGCAACGAGCAAAUGGACUCCACAAUCCUCAUCACUCUCCGUGAAUCCCUCUACGGCGAACCGCACAUCACAGGCGACGCCUACAAAGCCGAAGGCCUGCCCUUCGGCACGGGCAAACCGGACGUGGUCAUCAUCAUGAACUCGAGCUUGAUCUCCAGCCCGUCCUGGCUGCCCACCGUGCGUCUGCUGAUUGAGAACAGGCAAAAGACCAUCUUGACGGAGCAAAUGGAGCAUACUGUGGACAUGAUUGCCAAGCAGUUGGACUUGAUUGGGUGCCCGCUCACUGUCAAACCGGAGGUUAACCCGUUUAGGCAGCCGGUGUAUCAGUGGAAGAAGGAUACCAAUUUGCCGGGGUGGAGCAAUGCUUUCAUUUAUGGCAUCUUCUAGAUCGGAAGGAUGCGAUGUUGUUUCUCCUUACACCGUCCCGUAUGACAACCCAGUCUCCCUGAUUACAUCUGCGUAGCGAUAUUGAAAAUACACACAUGGCAUUGACUGACUGUAAAACU